CAUAAGAAAAAAAUUCUAAAUGAAGAAAAAAAAAAUACCAAUAGCAUGGCAUAGCACCCAAAACAAAUUAUAAAUACAGCUUUGAAAACCUCCAAAAGUACACAUAUCGAAAAACGAAAAACAAAAGGAGAGAAAUUAGUCCUAAAUAAAAAAUGGCAUUCUCCUCCACAAUCGCGGCGGUCCUCACGGUCUUGGUCUUGGCGGCAGCCGCCGGACCUGCGGCGGGGCAGAUGCAAUGCGCCUCCGACCUGGUCCCCUGCGCGGACGCCUUAAACUCCACGCAUCCGUCGAGUGCCUGCUGCUCCGCCAUACGGCAGGUCGUGACAACCCAGCUGACGUGCCUCUGCUCCCUGUACAAAAAUCAGGCGGCCCUUACCGGGAUCAACAUGACACAAGCGCUUCAGAUCCCUCGGUACUGCAACAUCUCCAAUGACGUCAGCGUCUGCAAUGCUGUGGCUCCAACAGGUUCCUCUCACCACCCACCUCCAGUGCCUGAGAGGGGCAAUGGAGCCAGCACAAGAGACAAUGGAGCAAGCACAUCAUCUUGGGCAUUGGACAUGGCACUUCUUGGAACUCCUUGCCAGUAUACUACAACACGCUAUGGUAUCUGCGAAGAAAGCACCUUUUCGACGUAA